UUCAUCUGUAACUCUAAAGCAAGGGGGCAAACAUUUUUUCACAGCACCGUGUACAACAAAAUAUGAUUCAACAUUCCCAGUGGUUUGAGCUCAUUUGACAGUUACAACAGGAAACUAUCAGGCUGCUCUAGAGAGCUGGAAUCCAUUAUCAUGGCUUCAUGUGGCGAUGACACCAUGGAGAUGGCAGCCCUGGGAAGACCAUUCCAGCUCGGGAUGCUGUACGACUGCCGGAAGGACGCUCUUAUUCCAGGUAUAACCUUAUGGGAUCAAGAGCAGCUACAGAAGAACACAAGUGUGCAGCAGCAAAACAAAACCGAAUUUAAUGUCACAACAUCAGACACAAUUGACGAGAAGUCAAAUUCAUUAAAGAUCUCUGGCUCUCUGAAACUGAGUCUCUUGGGAGGACUGGUGGAUGUGGAAGGAUCAGCUAGAUAUUUCCAAGACACAAAGAAAUCUCACAAAGAAGCCCGUGUGACUCUUCAGAACAAAACAACCACAAAAUCUGAAACAUUAACAAUGUCUCACCUGGCUCGUGGACAGGUGUCUCAUCCUAACGUGUUUGAAGAUGACACUGCCACUCAUGUUGUGACUGCCAUCUUGUACGGAGCUGGUGCCUACUUUGUGUUUGACAGAGAAUCAUCCUCAGAGGAUAAGAAGAAACAAGUGGAGGAGGAUGCUAACCUCACCUUCAAUAAACUGAAAUUCCUCACAGUAGAUGCUGAGGCAUCCCUUGACAUGGAUGAAAGUGAGAAAUCAGCAGUUGAAAAAUUAAGCUGCACAUUUCAUGGGGAUUUUAAGUUACCCACCAACCCAAGGUCCUUCAGUGAAGCUGUGAGAGUUUACAGAGACCUUCCAAACAUGCUGGGAGAGAAUGGAGAACAUGCUGUUCCACUCAGGGUGUGGCUGUACCCUCUGUGCAAGUUGGAUUCAAGAGCUGCAAGACUCGUAAGAGACAUCAGCAAUGACCUGAUCAGAUACUCAUCAGACACCAUAGAGAGUUUUACCAACACAGAGAUGAGAUGCAGAGACAUACUGAGAGACACUGCAGCAGCAGCAUGUCCUGCCCUGGCAAAGAAGGUUGAGAAGUAUAGGCAGAUGUGCCAUCAGUACAAGCUUGACUUCAUACAGAGGCUCGGGUCAGUGCUUCCUUCAAUCCGAGGGGGUGGGAAAGAGGAGAGUGCCCUUUUAGAUGUGCUGAAGGCACAUGAGAAUUCUUGUUUCAACAGCAAAGACCUGGAUCAGUGGCUCACAAGCAAGGAGAAGGAAUCGGAUACACUGAAAUCUUUCCUCAAGCAACUGAAGAAACUGGAUGUACCAAUGGAUGUGGAUCUGGAUGACCUCUUGAAUGAUGUAGAUGUCAGAAAUGUUGUGAGCUUUUCAUUUACCUCUCUAGAUGAGCCUGAUAGUUUCCUGUUGAAACUGACAAAUGAGCUCAAACCAAUGGGAAUGUUGAAAACAUCUCUAGAAUCAUCUGAUCUACAGGGUAGAAACAAUAAUUGGCUUUCCAGUGAUAUUAGACAACAAAUGAGGGGACAGUUGAAACUGUUUGAAGAACUGAAGAAGAUGAGCACCAGUGAUGACACCAAGUUCAUAGUUGAUUCAAAAUACGAUGAGAGUCAUCCUGGGGCAUGUAUUUUCAUAUAUGAAGAUGGAUGUGAUGAUGCAAUCCACUUUGUUCCUCCAUCAAAACCUGCCACUCCAACCACUACUGGUGUUUCACAUGACAGUGUAACAGUUCAGGUGUCUGACCCAGACUCUGCCACUGUAGAGUACCGAGUAGAAUACAGAACGAAACAGAAUCAGGAGACUGAAUGGAAAUCUCACCCAGUGCAGAAGAACCAAAAGGCAGCAACUCUGUCAGGACUGAAGCCAGAGACUGAGUAUGAGAUCAGAGCCACAGCUGUCUGCAAACUCAGCUACGCUGUCAGCAGUGACAUCUUCAGAGUUGUAACUCUUAGAGUAGUCCGCCCACCAAAUCAGCUGAAAGUCUCUAAAGUGAAAGCAAACUCUAUCUCCCUAACAUGGAGCAUCCCAUCAGACCAACUGUGUGAAUUUGUAAAAGAGUAUGCCAUUGAAUACAGAACGAAACAGGAGACUGAAUGGAAAUCUCACCCAGUGCAGAAGAACCAAAAGGCAGCAACUCUGUCAGGACUGAAGCCAGAGACUGAGUAUGAGAUCAGAGCCACAGCUGUGAGCAAACUCAGCUACGCUGUCAACGGUGAAGUAGGCAUUGUUAAAACCCUAACUGCAGUCUGCCCACCAAAUCAGCUGAAAGUCUCUAAAGUGAAAGCAAACUCUAUCUCCCUAACAUGGAGCAUCCCAUCAGACCAACUAUAUGAAUUUGUCAAAGAGUAUGCCAUUGAAUACAGAACGAAACAGGAGUCUGAAUGGAAAUCUCACCCAGUGCAGAUGAGCCAAAAAGCAGCAACUCUGCCAGGACUGAAGCCAGAGACCGAGUAUGAGAUUAAAGUCACAGCUGUGAGCAAACUCAACUAUGCUGUCAGCAGUGAAGUCUGCAGUGCUAUAACCCCCACAGCUGUUCCAUCAAAACCUGCCACUCCAACCACUACUGAUGUUUCACAUGACAGUGUAACAGUUCAGGUGUCUGACCCAGAUUCUGCCACUGUAGAGUACAGAGUAGAAUACAGAGAGAAACAGAAUCAGGAGACUGAAUGGAAAUCCCACCCAGUGCAGAGGAACCAAAAGGUAGUAACUCUGUCAGGACUGAAGCCAGAUAUAUGA